AUGAUUGAUAAAGAUGUAAUUGCUUUUAAUCCGUAUUCAAGAACAAUAACAGAUGAUGAAUUAAGUACUCCAACCAAUGAACGUAUUUUUCUAUUAGCAACAGCUCUUCAUCAAGGUUAUACAAUUGAACGUUUAUUUGAAUUAACCAAAAUUGAUCGAUGGUUCUCAGGUCGAUGGAUACGGAUCACCGUAACUUUAUCGUAA